AUGCCACCGGCCGCCCGCUCGGUCGGGUACCGACUCCGCGACACCUGGCCCGCGGUGCUGUGCAUCGGGCUGCUGUGGAGCGGCGCUUCGGCAGGAGAUAAAGAAGUCCCCGCAGCCGCCCCCUCUACUCCAUCUCCAGUGGUGACACCAGGGAGCACAAAUGAAAGCAGCCCCAAAGGCAAAAGCUCCAGCGCCAUGGCCGAAGGUUUGAUACAGUCAGUGCUGGCUAAAAAGGGACGACUUGUCUCCCAGAAAGGGGAGAUCCUCCCCUCUGCUCUGCCCCAGAACCUGCUCCCUCUUCUGGGCAGGGGACUCAGCAUCAGCUCCCUCCCUGGAAGUCAUUCCCUGGAGCAUCAAAGCGGGGGAUUACUGAGGAGGGUAAAACCCCCAGCGUCAGCUGCAGCGUCAGGCCGGGGCAGCGAUCCGACUGAGCCCCCUCCGACAGACACACACUCCCAGCUGCCUCACACACAGACACGCACUCCUGAGCAGGAGGCUGAGAUCACCACUGUGGCCACGACGCUGGACGCCGGGACGGGGACACCCUCAUCAGCCGUGCAAAGCUGCGUGGUGAAUUUCUCCGACCCAGAGGGAUACAUAGACUCCUCUGACGACCCCCCCCUGCCCGACGGCACCUUCUUACACUGCACCUACACGGUGACCGUGUACACCGGCUACGGAGUGGAGCUGCAGGUGAAGAGUGUGAACCUGUCGGAGGGUGAGCAGCUGUCCAUCAGGGGCGUGGACGAACGAGGGUCCCUGCUGGUCCUGGCCAACCAGACGCUGCUGGUUGAAGGUCAGGUGAUCCGCAGUCCCACCAACACUCUGUCCGUCUACUACUGCUCUGCACCGGAGGGAAACAUGGGCAUCUUCCAGCUGCACUAUCAGAUCUUCAGGCUGAGCUGUUCCCUGCCGAAGAGGCCUCACUUUGGGGAGGUGUCCGUGCUGGACCUGCUCCCUGGAGGCAUCGCCCGCUUUCACUGCCACAUGGGUUACCACCUGCAGGGGGAGCCGCUGCUCACCUGCCUCAACGCCUCCCUGCCAGCGUGGAGCGGCAAGGAGCCCGUCUGCAGGGCUCUUUGUGGAGGGACAGUGAAGAAUGCUACAGUGGGGAGGGUGCUGUCCCCUUCUCCCCACCACGGACCUAAUGCCACCCAGGACUGCUCCUGCUCCUGGUCUCUGGAGGCACCCAAAGACCAGCGGCUGCACCUGCAUCUGGAGAGACUGGCCUUGGGACCCACUGACAGGCUGGUGCUGUGGAGCGGGCUGGACGCCGGCUCUGUGGUGCUGUUCGACUCGGGUCGGGGUGGGCAGAUACCCUUUGAGGGGGUGAUCAGUGAAGGCCCAGCUGUGAGGAUCCAGUUUAUCACUGAUCAGCCUAACCACAACACAGGAUUCAACAUCCGCUAUGAGGCUUUCGAGCGGGGCCACUGCUAUGAGCCGUACCUCCAGAACGGAAACUUCACAACUUCUGACCCGUUGUACGGAGUCGGGGCCGUGGUCCAGUUUACCUGUGACCCGGGCCACUCGCUGGAACAAGGCCCCCCCGUUAUUGAGUGCAUCAGUGCGAGGGAUCCAUACUGGAAUGACACAGAGCCGCUAUGCAAAGCACAGUGCGGAGGAGACCUGACUGGCCCAGGAGGGGUGAUUCUGUCUCCCAACUGGCCAGAGUGGUACGGAGAGGGGGAGGACUGCAGCUGGAGGAUACAUGUCGGGGAGGACAAACGAGUGCUGCUCGAUGUACAACUGCUGAACAUCAGCGACAGUGACAUGCUGACCAUCACCGACGGCGAUGAGGUCACGACGCAUGUCCUGGGACGUUACGUCGGAGGAAGCAGCCCCUUCAAGCUCUCCUCCACCACCCCCGACCUGACCGUCACCUUCCACUCCGACCCGGCGGGGCUCGUCUUUGGCAAGGGCGAGGGCUUCAUCAUCAACUAUAUGGAGGUGUCCCGAAAUGACUCCUGCCCAGACCUGCCCGAGAUCCAGAACGGCUGGAAGACAACAUCCCAUGUUGCACUGGUGCGAGGGGCUCGUAUCACCUACCAGUGCGAUCCCGGUUAUGACCUAGUGGGACGGGAGACCCUCACCUGUCAGUUGGACCUCUCCUGGAGCUCGCAGCCCCCGUUCUGUGAAAAGAUCAUGUACUGUUCGGAUCCCGGCCACGUGGAGCACUCCACCAGGUCCCUGUCGGACCCCAAACUCCUGGUGGGCACGACGAUCCAGUACAGCUGCAGCCCCGGCUUCAUCCUGCAGGGCGGCGCCACCAUCACCUGCUACGGCCGCGAGCCGGGGACCCCGGUGUGGACGUCCCGACUCCCCCACUGCGUCUCCGAGGAUUCGGUUUCCUGCGAAAACCCCGGUCUCCCCGACAACGGCUACCAGAUCCUGUCCAAGAGGCUCUACCUGCCCGGCGAGUCGCUCACCUUUGUCUGUUACCAGGGCUACGAGCUCAUUGGAGAGGUGGCGAUUAAAUGUAUCCUGGGAAACCCGUCCUUCUGGAGCGGCCCGCUUCCUCUCUGCAGGGCCAACCAUGACUGCUUUGGCAACCAUGCUUUGGAAGUUGCAGAGGCGACUGCAGGCUCCACUCUGGAUGGAGGCAACAUAGCACUGGCCAUCUUCAUCCUCGUUCUCCUGCUGUCUGUGCUGCUGGGAGGCGCUUACCUUUACGUCACACGGUGCAGAUAUCACUCCAACCUGAGGCUGCCUCUUAUCUACCCCCACCCUUACCGACAGAUCACGGUAGAGACAGAGUUUGACAACCCGCUCUAUGAGACAGGAGGGGACACUCGUGAAUACGAGGUAUCGAUAUGACAGGCCCCGCAAAAGACAUUUCUGAACCAAGACCGACCGCCUCGCCCUAACUCUUCAGCCUCUCCUCCCUCCCUCUCCGCCCAGGAGGAGGCGAUGUAAAUACAAACAGACGAUGUCCAGCCCCUUCUGCCGCGAAACGCGGCGACAGGUCCCGUUCUCUCCUCCUUUUUGACGUGACAGCUUCUGAAGACGCGAUGGAAGAUAGGAGACGAAAUGCGCGUGGAUCGGUGACGCCGGGAGACGACGGGAGAUGUGGGACGGAGAGAGAGAAGACCCAAAGAUCAUCUGAGAGAAUCCAGCAUGGUGAGGAAGGAGGAGACGUUGGGUGUGAAGUGGCACAACAAGGAGUCAAGGAGGGGAGAAGGGGAAGGAGUCGGGGACAGGACGCAGUGUGAAGAAUGUAGAAUGAGGUGAUUCAAGCACUUUUUAGAAUUUUUGUCAAACAUUUCUCACUUGUAAGUAAUUUAAUGUAAGAAUCCCAGAAUACAUCUC